CAGGUUACAAGAUACAUAAUCAUUCCAGUUUGGCAACUUCACCUGUAGGAUUGUUUUAAUGACCAGCCCUACAGUCCUCAAAUCACUCCUGGAAUACAGCAACAGAGUGGCUGCUUGCUGGGAGACAGGAUGCUGCUGGCCAUGAGGGACUGAGGCUGGCCCCACACUUAGGUUUCCAGCCUGUGCUGCCCUGCUGGCUAGCAGGGCCCAUCCCAGGAGGCCUCCUCCGGCCUUCGGUUGAAGAUCUCAGCUCCAGGCUGUGGGAAAACUGGACCGCCACAGAACCAGCAUGGAUCCCAACAGUGACCAUCCCCUGAACAGCCUCGAUGCCACCCCUGUACGCAAGCCCCGGACUCGAAAGGAGACCUUCAGAAAGGUGGGGAUCCCCAUCAUCGUGGCGCUUCUGAGCCUGAUGAUCAUCGUCGUCGUGGCCAUCCUCAUCAAGGUGAUUCUGGACAAAUACUACUUCAUCUGCCAGAACCCUCUGCACUUCAUCCCAAAGGGACAGAUGUGUGACGGCCACCGUGAUUGUGCCGCAGGGGAGGAUGAGGAGCCCUGUGUCAAGAGCUUCCCCGAGCAGCCUGCUGUGACAGUCCGCCUCUCCAAGGACCGAUCCACCCUGCAGGUGCUGAACCCAGGCACGGGGAACUGGGCCUCUGCCUGUUAUGACAACUUCACAGAAGCUCUGGCCAAGACAGCCUGCGGGCAGAUGGGCUACAACAGCCAACCCACUUUCCAAGCUGUGAAGAUCAGCUGGGACCAGAAACUGGAUGUUGUUGAAGUCAUAGGAAACGGCCAAGAACUUCAGGUGCAAAACCCAAGUGGACCCUGUGACUCAGACUCCCUGGUCUCCCUGCAGUGCCUUGCCUGCGGGAGCAGUGCUAAGGCCUCUCGCGUGCUGGGCGGUGAGCAGGCGUCUGUGGAGUCUUGGCCCUGGCAAGUGAGCAUCCAGUACAACAAGCAGCACAUCUGUGGCGGGAGCAUCCUGGACCCCUACUGGAUCCUCACGGCAGCCCACUGCUUCAAGAAAUAUCUAGAUCUGUACAACUGGAGGGUGAGGGCUGGCUUCGACACACUGGGCAACUUCCCAUCCCUGCCGGUGGCCAGUAUCUUCAUCACUGAGCAGAAUGACUCCUACUCCAAAGAGAAUGACAUUGCCCUCAUAAGGCUACAGCUCCCUCUUACAUUCUCAGGCACAGUCAGACCCAUCUGCCUGCCCUUCUUUGAUGAGGAGCUCGCUCCAGCCACCCGACUCUGGAUUGUUGGAUGGGGCUUUACAGAGCAGAACGGAGGGGAGAUGUCUGACACCCUGAUGCAGGCUUCUGUCCAGGUCAUUGACAGCACCCGGUGCAACGCAGAGGAUGCGUACCAGGGAGAAGUCACCGAGAAGAUGCUGUGCGCAGGCGUCCCGGGUGGUGGUGUGGACACCUGCCAGGGUGACAGCGGUGGGCCCCUGAUGUACCACUCUGAGAAGUGGCAGGUGGUAGGCAUUGUGAGCUGGGGCUAUGGCUGUGGGGGCCCAAGCACCCCAGGAGUAUACACCAAGGUUACAUCUUAUCUCAACUGGAUCUACAGUGUGCGGAAGUCCCUGUGAGGUGCUGAGCUGCUUUCCCCUCCCUCCCCACUUGGAGAUCUCCCAGAAAUCAAACUCAGAGCAAGAACUUGGGCACAGCUCUCUGCCUGCAGUCUUGGGAUUUCUUGGAUCAACAAAGGGCCUCCGUUCCUGAAAGAGACCUCAUGCUCCAAAGGGACCAGAAGAAAGUCAGCUGCCUUAGCUCAGCCAUCCCCAGGAAUCACAUGGUGCACUGAACAGGACCAGGCGACAGAGGCAUUGCUGAACAGAGAAGCAACCUCCCUCUACCAAGCGGAGAUCUUCCAUGGGAAUUCAGAGAACUGAAGGCUGCGUGGAGGGGGAAAGGGAAGGGUCUGAGCAGCCCUCCCCUCCGCCAUCCCCAAGCCCACUGAAACGAGGAACCAGAUGUAACGUAAAAUAUAUCGUCCUACUGUGGAAAUGACUACUGACACAUAUCACUGUCAUUAUUGAUACUUGUAUGGCUGCUAUCAUUAAACAGGUGUGUGAAAUCUCUGCCAUUAUCUGAAAUGUUUGGGGGCUGACUGGAUAAGAACCAACCUUUAUUCUUUGACCUGGAGAUGAAGAGUCUUGAGGAAGCAUUCCUCAAAGUAAAAGCAGAGGAAAAAUGAGACACAGUGAGGGCAACAUUGUGUUGCAAACAGGGGAGGCCAGAGUGGACAAAUCUCAUCCCUACGCACGCCUUCUCUCUUUGUUGCCAAUCUGUCGAGGGUUCUUUUGCUCAGUUUGGAUGGAAACUACAAACUGGCAAAAACGCUGCUGAGUUAGCAGCUCCUGGCGUUAAGUGCCAGCAACCCUUGACCUUCAGUGUUACGGCUCUGCUGCUCUCUGGCACUCCUAUCCACUCCUCAGCAGCCCAAGCUAACCCUUGGCCGCUGUCCGGAGCUCUCCCAGCAGCUUCUGCUGUGGCUCUGGUGCUUCCUGGUGAUCUCCGCAGAUCUCUGCCAAACAGUGGCAGUGGCUGCCAGUGGCCACUCCCAGUUGACACCAGUCAUCUGCUGCCUUACACAGCCACCAGCGGACACCAGUUGAUGCCAGUUAUUGCCAGAAGUCACUGCUGGUCUCUGCCAUGGAUCUCCACUGAACUUUGUCUUUUGCUCCUGGUCUCUGCCACUGGUCUUAGAACUCUUCAGAAUGUGUACAGCUCUUUUAAAUAUGACCUGCUCUGUCUAUACUACACAGGAUAAGAAUCCUCAGGGCCGUCACAGAUAUAAAGCCUUAUUUGGACCUACAGCACAAGAAUUCAGCACAUUGGAGGGAGCCCUCCUUGUCAAACCCAAAGAGUAUGAGGGGGGCACUGCUUAUAUAGGAAUUGUUUUAAGUUUCAAAGAGUCAUCUGGGAUGGAUUCACAUUCAGGUCCAACCUUGAGGAUUGGUUAAAACUUCAAGCCUACUAGAGCAAUGUCAUCUGAGGUCAUAGGGCAGAGUCAGCAGGGUGGUCACAGGAUAAAAUCAUCCAGGACUAGAUCAUGCUUUAAGCCUACAGUGGCCAAUUAGACAUUUGCUGGAGUGACUUGUGUGUCUAGGACAGGGAAAUGAUUUAGGAACUUAAAGGUAACAUUCAGCAGGGUUACCCAAGUUUCUAGAAAGAGAUAUUGAACCUCUUGAGUCCUGACUUCUACCCAGAAAUCCCUCAGUGUGGUUCCUUUGAAUUUUCAAAAUAUUACUUGCCAAGAAAAAGGCAGUCUCCCAAGUUCUGGGAUAUUAUCAUGAUAAAUUCCUGCACUUAAAAUGGUUGGAUAAUUAAGCCACAUGGUCUUCUCUGGCAGCUAAAUGGAGACUUCGAUUUUAUGAAGACCCUCUUAGUAUAGCUGAGUCACAUCCUGCGUAAAAAAUACACCUCUAAUUCCAUCUACUUUAGAGACUAAGGCAAGAAGAUCACCAGUUUGAGGUCAAUCUGGGAAACUUAGCUAGACUGUUUCUAAAAAUUUAAAGGACUAGGAAUUUAGCUCAUGGCUCCCUGAUUCAAUACACAGUACUAAAGAAAAAUAAAGAGCCUAUAUAAAAGAUACCUGUCAAGGUCUUAAGUAACAGAAAUCCACAAAGGUCCAAAAAUAAAUAAAUAAACAAACAAAAUUAACAAACCAUCAGUGUCAUGGUUUAUGUUUGUGCCCCCCCAGGCCUCGUGCAUUUGCAUUGUGCAUUUGUGAUGGUUCACUGUCUAGUGCUUGGAUUGAUGGUGUCAGCGCUCCACCCACAAAGGGGUGGCGCCAGGAUGUGAUGUAAUGGCAGGAAGAAGGUGUGUCUUGCUCUUUUGCCGGUUUCUGCCUUGCUGUUUGCAGCCACCAUGAACUGCGGCCUCACCAUGCCACCCAGCCUUGGAGCCAACUGAGUAUGAAAUGAAACCUCUGAAAACUGUAAGAAAUAAACCUUGUCUUUCCCAA